CCACCUCUCGGGCCAACCGACUUCAUAAGCAUAUUGGGAAGGGGUUGACCUAUAUCCAAGCCCAUCGCAUUGGCAUAUACUAUACCCAAAAACCAGGGUACGCUCCAUAAGCCCUAAUUUAUCUGAUCCGAUCUACCUUCUAGACAGCGAUUCAGUGGGUGUGCUCAAGAAACCCCAAUUUCUGAAUUGAAGCUCAAUCUCCACUCAAACCCUUAAUUCUAUCUCUCAGUCUCUUGGUUUUUUUUCCAGACAAAACCCUAACAAUGGCGCCUAUCGAUGACGAUAAAUCGGACAUAGAGAAGACACAGGAAGAGAGGAAGAGGAUGGAGAAGCAAUUGGCCGCGCUUACCUCCGUCACCUUCGAUACAGACCUCUACGGCGGCACUGACAAGAAUUCCUACGUCUCCUCCAUCCCUGUCAAUGAAGAUGAAGAGAACAUGGAGGCCAUGGGCAAUGAGGCGGCUCGGAUGCCGUCGUACACGGCCCCCAAGUCCAUCACGAAGGAGAUGCCGAGAGGCGGCGACGAAGAGGAGGAUUUAGGGUUUAAGAAGACACAGAGGAUUUACGAUCGUGAGGAUGAGUAUAGACGGCGGAGGCUUAAUCAGGUCCUCUCGCCCGACCGCCACGAUGCGUUUGCGGCUGGUGAGAAGACUCCUGACCCGUCGGUGAGGACUUAUGGCGAUAUCAUGAGAGAGGAGGCGUUGAAGAGGGAGAAGGAGGACACUUUGAGGCUUAUUGCCAAGAAGAAGAAGGAGGAAGAGGAGGCGGCCAAGGCGGCGCCUGAGAAAGGGGACAAGGCGGCUGCGGCGGUGCCUCAGAAGAGGAGGAACAGGUGGGACCAGUCUCAGGAUGAAGGUGGGGCCAAGAAGGCCAAAACUUCGGAUUGGGACUUACCGGAUAGCGCUCCAGGAAAGUGGGAUGCGACCCCGACUCCAGGAAGGGUUGCAGAUUCGACUCCGUCCUUGGGAAGGAGGAACCGGUGGGACGAGACACCAACGCCGGGGCGGUUGGUGGAUUCGGAUGCCACUCCGUCUGGUGGCGCCACUCCCGGUGCCACCCCUGCUGGGAUGGCUUGGGAUGCUACUCCGAAGCUUCCAGGGAUGGCCACGCCCACUCCGAAACGGCAGAGGUCAAGGUGGGAUGAGACCCCUGCCACAAUGGGCAGUGCAACCCCAAUGGCUGGGGCAACCCCCGCUGCGGCUUAUACACCUGGUGUGACUCCUGUUGGUGGAGUUGAGCUGGCUACUCCCACGCCCGGGGCUAUUAAUCUGCGUGGUGCAAUUACGCCGGAACAGUAUAAUCUGUUGAGGUGGGAGAAGGAUAUUGAGGACAGGAAUAGGCCAUUGACUGAUGAAGAGCUGGAUGCUAUGUUUCCUCAAGAGGGGUAUAAGGUUUUGGACCCACCAGCUUCUUAUGUGCCGAUUAGGACUCCGGCGAGAAAGCUGCUGGCGACCCCAACUCCGAUGGGGACUCCCGGGUAUUCUAUUCCAGAAGAGAAUCGCGGGCAGCAGUUUGAUGUGCCCAAGGAGUUGCCUGGUGGGUUGCCAUUUAUGAAGCCUGAGGAUUACCAGUACUUUGGGGCGUUGUUGAAUGAAGAUGAGGAGGAGGAGUUGUCCCCUGAUGAGCAGAAAGAGCGGAAGAUUAUGAAGCUUUUGCUUAAGGUUAAGAAUGGUACGCCACAGCAGAGGAAGACAGCGUUGAGGCAGCUUACUGAUAAGGCUCGGGAGUUUGGUGCUGGCCCCUUGUUUAACCGUAUCCUACCUUUGCUUAUGCAACCCACGUUGGAAGACCAAGAGAGGCAUCUUUUGGUGAAGGUAAUUGAUCGAGUGCUUUAUAAAUUGGAUGAACUGGUACGUCCUUAUGUGCAUAAGAUUCUUGUUGUGAUUGAGCCUUUAUUGAUUGAUGAAGACUAUUAUGCACGCGUUGAAGGGAGAGAAAUUAUUUCUAAUCUUAGUAAAGCAGCUGGUUUGGCUACUAUGAUUGCUGCUAUGCGUCCGGAUAUUGAUAACAUUGAUGAGUAUGUUAGGAACACUACUGCGAGAGCUUUCAGUGUUGUUGCUUCUGCGCUUGGUAUUCCUGCACUGUUGCCAUUUUUGAAAGCUGUGUGUCAGAGCAAGAAAUCAUGGCAAGCACGGCACACUGGAAUCAAGAUUGUUCAGCAGAUUGCCAUUUUGAUAGGGUGUGCUGUUCUUCCUCACUUGAGGUCCCUUGUGGAAAUUAUAGAGAAUGGUUUAAGUGAUGAAAAUCAGAAGGUUCGGACAAUUACUGCGCUAUCACUUGCUGCUCUUGCCGAGGCUUCUGCCCCAUAUGGUAUUGAAAGCUUUGACUCUGUCUUGAAGCCAUUGUGGAAGGGUAUUAGGUCUCACCGUGGUAAGGUUUUGGCUGCCUUCUUGAAGGCAAUUGGUUUUAUCAUUCCUCUUAUGGAUGCAAUGUAUGCUAGUUACUAUACCAAGGAAGUGAUGGUUAUUUUGAUUAGAGAAUUCCAGUCUCCUGAUGAAGAAAUGAAAAAAAUUGUGCUCAAAGUGGUGAAACAGUGUGUGAGUACCGAAGGUGUAGAGCCUGAGUAUAUAAGAAGUGAUAUUCUUCCUGAGUUCUUCAGGAACUUCUGGGUUAGAAGGAUGGCUUUGGAUAGGAGGAACUACAGGCAACUGGUGGAAACAACUGUGGAGAUAGCAAACAAAGUGGGUGUUGCUGAUAUAGUGGGGAGAAUUGUUGAGGAUCUCAAAGAUGAGAGUGAACCAUAUAGGCGAAUGGUUAUGGAGACAAUUGAGAAGGUGGUGGUGAAUUUGGGUGCCUCAGAUAUUGAUGCUCGGUUGGAGGAGCUUCUCAUUGAUGGUAUCCUUUAUGCUUUCCAAGAGCAGACCAGUGAUGAUGCAAAUGUGAUGCUUAAUGGGUUUGGUGCAGUUGUGAACUCUCUGGGGCAGAGGGUGAAACCUUACCUUCCCCAGAUUUGUGGUACCAUUAAGUGGCGCUUGAAUAACAAGAGUGCAAAGGUCAGGCAGCAAGCUGCAGAUCUUAUUUCGAGGAUUGCUGUUGUCAUGAAGCAGUGCCAAGAGGAACAACUGAUGGGUCAUCUUGGUGUUGUCUUGUAUGAAUAUUUGGGAGAAGAAUACCCAGAAGUUCUGGGAUCAAUUCUGGGAGCACUAAAGGCAAUUGUGAAUGUUAUUGGUAUGACAAAGAUGACGCCUCCUAUAAAGGAUUUGCUUCCCAGGUUGACUCCAAUUUUGAAGAAUAGGCACGAAAAAGUCCAGGAGAACUGUAUUGACCUUGUUGGUCGUAUUGCUGAUCGCGGUGCUGAGUUUGUUCCAGCAAGGGAAUGGAUGAGGAUCUGUUUUGAGCUUCUUGAGAUGCUGAAGGCUCAUAAGAAGGGUAUCCGGCGUGCUACUGUGAACACUUUUGGGUACAUUGCUAAGGCCAUUGGUCCACAAGAUGUCCUGGCAACUCUACUGAACAAUCUCAAAGUGCAGGAACGUCAGAACCGUGUUUGCACCACUGUGGCAAUUGCAAUAGUAGCUGAAACCUGUUCUCCUUUUACAGUUUUGCCAGCACUGAUGAAUGAGUAUCGUGUUCCAGAACUUAAUGUGCAGAAUGGUGUUUUGAAAUCCCUCUCUUUCCUGUUUGAGUACAUUGGUGAAAUGGGGAAAGACUAUAUCUAUGCAGUGACCCCGUUGCUCGAGGAUGCCCUCAUGGACAGAGAUCUGGUUCACAGGCAAACUGCAGCUUCUGCUGUCAAGCACAUGGCUUUGGGAGUAGCUGGAUUGGGCUGCGAAGAUGCGUUAGUCCACUUGUUGAACUAUGUCUGGCCAAACAUAUUUGAGACAUCCCCUCACGUUAUAAAUGCUGUCAUGGAAGCUAUUGAAGGGAUGAGAGUGGCUUUGGGUGCUGCUGUUGUGCUCAACUACUGUCUGCAGGGGCUGUUCCAUCCUGCUAGGAAGGUUAGGGAGGUGUACUGGAAGAUUUACAACUCGCUGUAUAUUGGAGCUCAAGAUGCCCUUGUAGCAUCCUACCCUUUGCUGGAGGAUGAGGAUCAUAACGUAUAUACCCGGCCUGAGCUAAUGAUGUUUGUAUGAAGCUGCCGCAGCAGCUCUCCUAUUUAGACAAGGAGCAUAAAAUCGGUAAUAGACAGUUUUUAAAGAACAAUGUUUAGGUAUUAUGUGAUAUGGUUUCUGUAGUUUUUUAUGUGAUAUGGUUUCUGUAGUUUUCUAAAUCAGUAUUGUAACCCAAAUUAUUUGUACUGCACUAUGCUUACUUUAUUCCAUGAGCUCCAUUGCAUGAUCCU